AUGUCGCGCCUCUCCGACCUGUGCGUCGCGCUGACGGGCCAGGACGCGGUCGUCGUGUACCACCAGCUUCAGGCAAUCGCGGCCAACGUGAUCAGCUGGCUGCUCGUCCUCCUGCGCGUUCGUGUGCCUGCGCUCCGCCUUGGGCGAAAGGGCGCCGACAGUGCCGUGCUCGUGCUCUCGCCUGGUGGCUUCGAGCGCUUCGCGCUCGAGCCGCUGCCAGUGGAGAGCGUCGUCACCGUGGGCUACAAUGUCACCGCGCCCACCGUCGAGCGCCUUCCCACGUGUAACUCGCUGGCGCGCCUGCCCGACGGGCCGCCCCCGGGCCACGCGAUCGUGCGCAUCAAGGCCUUCUCCGUGAAUUACGCGGACGUGACGAUUCGCUGGGGUCUGUACGAGAGCGCGAUCAAGUAUGUGGGCUACCCCAUCUGCCCGGGCUUCGACCUUGCGGGCGUGGUGGAGCGGGUGGGCCCCGGCGCGAGCGUGCAAGAGGGGGACACCGUGGUGGGCAUCACCUUCUUCGGCGCGUACUCGGAGCGCGUCUUGGUGCCCUGCCACCAGCUCUUCGCAGUGCCAAAGGGCAUGUCCAUCGCACAGGCCGCGGCGCUUCCGAGCGUGUCGGGCACGGCGCUCCAUGCCCUGGCGCUCGCGGGCUUGUGGCCGUCGCUCCCAGCGUCGCGGAACCGUGCCGUGCUCGUGCACUCAGCGGCGGGCGGCGUCGGCAGCAUGCUGGUGCAGAUGGCGAAAGCCAUCGGCUGCCACCCCAUCGUGGCCGUCGUCGGCGCCUCGCACAAGGUGGCGGCGUGCGAGGCCCUGGGAGCGACGGCGGUCAUCGACAAGUCGAAGGAAGACCUCUGGAGCGCGGCGUCGAAGGCCGCGCCCGGUGGCUACUGUGCCAUCUUCGACGCGAACGGCGUGCAGACGCUCGCACGCUCGUACUCGGCGCUGGCGCAGACGGGGACGCUCGUCAUCUACGGCUUCCACACGAACCUGCCCACAUCGUCGAUGCUCAACCCGCUCGCGUGGGUUCGCAUGCUCGUUGGGAUCCUGCGGAUGCCGCGCUUCGACCCGAUGGACCUGGUGCUGUCCUCCAAGUCGGUCGCGGGAUUCAACCUCUCCUUCUUCGCCGACGAGACGCGGAUGGUCGGCCGGUACUUCGAGCAGAUCCUCGCGUGGGUCGAGGACGGCUCCCUCGCCCUCUCCAACGUGACCACCUUCCCGAUGGACGAGCUGCCGCGCGCACACGACGCGAUCCAGUCGGGCCAGUCGAUUGGCAAGCUGGUGUGCUUGACGAGGCAUGCGGGCGAUUGA